UUCCAGAUUACCUGGUUCAGUGCGUGGACUCCCCCUAUGAGACUCGUGAAUCUACUGUUAACCGUAACAUGGAGAUGACAUAUGAGAAGUACAGAUCAGAAAAAAGACCUGUUUUGGUCUGAUAUACCUCACGAAAAGGCCACAAUGGUGACCAAGAAGAAGAAAACUAAACGCAAGAACAUGCACUUGCGGACACCUAAACUGUGGGGCAGUUUAAUGCAAACACCACGACAUGCAUUCAGGAAGAAGAAAAAAGUCACAAGUCACCAUGUCCCAAAGAAAAUCUGUUCAGAAGAAGACACAUCAUUCCUCGGUCAUGUUAGGGAUGUGGUAUAUAGACCAACUGAUGAUGACACAUUCCCUUUGUAUGUGAAAUCAAGAAACACAUACAAAAUAUGUCUGAAAGGAAAACUGAAUAUGGUUCAGCUCAAAGAGGCUAUUGAAUACAAAGACAGCAUUCCUGCAGAUCUACAGAUGCUGACUCAUCAUGGCAAACUGAUACGGCCAUCCACACUGAAGAACGUGCAGCCAAAUGACACAAUCCAUGUCAUUGUAAGGAACAAAGGAGGAACGAAAGGCGCUGAAAAGAAACCAUUACUUAAGAAAAAAGGACCAGGCUUGCCCAAUACUGCAACAGAGGAAGAGGUCCAGGAGUGGCUAUUACGCAGCGUGAAAGUACCUAAACAGUUGAUUAAGGAUGAAGUGAAAUACGUAAAUGGGGACAUGCUCAAUGAAUACACAGAUUCCAAUGAAAUGAGAGAAGAACUUGGACUUCCCAUGGGACUUUGUAGGAAAAUUCUAUAUUUGAACACCAAAGAAUUUGAUGAUAAAACAUUUGGAUUGAGUAGGGAACAACUGGAAUCCUUUACACCAAAUCACAUAUGUGAUUUUGCAAGAGAUUCUUUUGCGGAAGACAAAAACCUCGGUAAGAUUAUUGAGGCUAUUAAAACUGAACAUAUUGAUGGUUUUGUAAUAAUGUUAUAUGAGAAUCAUGAAAUGCUUGCUAAGGACUUGAAUAUUAAAAAGGUUUUAGGUAGGAAAUUAUUACUGUAUGUAAAGAAGAGGAUGAAGGAUAGCUCAAUGACUACCACAACAACAAUGCACUUAAAUGAAGCAAGUGACACACGACAUAUUCCAUCCCUUGGUUUGAAUCAGAGGAAGAUUCCAUCAGCAGCUGAUACAACAAGAGAACCUUUCGCAGAACUACCUAGUCAUACCCCUAAUGCUUCUUCAAGUACUUCCUCACCAACUGUGGAAAGUCCUUCCAUUACCUUCAUACAGGAACACUUAGGAUUAGAUAUUAAAGAAUACGUUGGUGAAGAUAAUCCGAAUGAGUACCAACUACUUGCAAUUCACAGUUCCUGGGAACCAAGUCAUGAACUGGCUCAAAUGUUUUUAUUCUGGAUUUUAUGCAAAGGAAACGACUUUGAGGACACGUCUAAGAGAAGGAAACUUUGGAGUUUGAUUGUCCAGAAUACAUCGACUUGGUUACAAACUUUACCUGAUAAAGUACAAUCUGAUUUCAAGAAAGGGAAAGGUGAAUAUCAAUUUCAGUUCAAAGGACGAAAAUCGAUCCGUCUGAGCCAAGUUGGGGAAAAGAUGAUCAAAUAUGAAAACAUAACUCUCAAACAAAGAGAUCACUACAAAAAUCAUAUUCUUAUUUUGCCUGGAAGUACUGCUCCAGUCCAAGACCAUGUGUAUAGAAUAUAUGAUGGAAAUUACCAUUUGGAAGCUUCAAUAAAGGAUAUCACAAACAAAAUGUUUUGUAUUGACGAUACAUUGACAUGUAUCAAACCUUUGAGUUUUGACCCCACUCCCUCAGAAGAAGGUGAACACCAAGAGAAGGAUCUUGGUCUAACUUAUUAUGGUGAAAUGAAGGAAAAGUAUGGAAUAUCAACACAUGUUUCUAAAACAACUGCUAAUACAAAAGCCCAGGAUGGAGUGUCAUUUCAGAGACCAAGGCCAUUUAAACUGGACAGUCUUUGCACAGUAUAUUUCAAGGAUUAUGUUAUGGAUGUGACAGAAAGUGGAAGUGGAAUGAUAACACCGUCCUUAGAAUUCAAAUACUUUCGAUCAAGUCUUGAUACUGGUAACGAAAACAGUCCAAUAGAAAAAUUUCUCACAGAGACUUUGCGUUUUGCCUGUGGUUGCCUUAACAGACGUCGAAAUGGAACCAUCUAUUUUGGAAUUGCUGAUGAGAAACCUGUUGGUGGAAUUACACGCAGGCAUGGUCAGAUAGUGGGGUUCCCCAUCAUAGAAGUUGACAUUGACAGUAAAAUAAAGUACGCAGAUGAACUGAAUGAGGCCAAAUCAAAAUGUUUUGACUCACCAUUAGCAAACAGCGCUGCAAAGGAAUGUAUCAAAGCACCCGUUUUUGUGAAGGUUGCCCCUUCACCAGACCAGGUUCCAUUGUUUGUUAUGGAGGUUGACAUAGAGCCUGAUUCACGUUUUUGCGAAGGCAUAAUUUUCAAACUGGAUUUAUCGAAAAUAUGUGGGAAGAAACAGAGACCAUUCCUGUUUGUUCGUGAUGGACCCGAAACAAAAAAGAUUGGUACUGAUGCAGAAGAACUACACUUUGUAGACAAAUUGAAGGAAUGGGACAAUAAGCGCAAAUUUGAAGAAGAACGGUCAGUUGAUAGACAUUGGUCCGAUCAAAAUGAUCACAAAUAUUUGGCUGAAAAACUCUGUCGUAAAUUAUGCAAAACUAGCAACCAAAUUGAUUCUUCACUCUGGCCAAUUCUAAUUUCUAGCAAGCCACCAGAUGCAUUAAAGUCAUCACUGUUUACUUCUCUUAGUUUCAUCUCAAGCAUUCCUUGGUGUGCAGUUUUUGAUUUUGAUGAGGAAUCGUUUAGAAAUGGGAUGUGCAAGCAUUUUUUCAACAGUACACAAACAACUCUAACAAACGGAGACAUAUUCCGAGAUGUUGAGAACAACAACAUUUUGAGAGAACGAUUAAAACUCCCAGAAAACAAUGUGCUGAUAUUUUGCAAUGGGCGAUCUGACUUUCGAAUGCCUCACCUCACAAAACAUGAAUGGAAAAAAGAAUACUCCCCAAACGUUAAAGGAGCAAUAAACUUUUUUCAGCAAAAAUCAGUUAUUCCACCUGGAAGAACUAUUGCGGUGUUUUUACUCUUUGCAACGGAUUUUCAUGGUUUCUUGGAUAUCUUUGGAGAGAUGACAACAUUCUUUGGAAGUGAAAACAUUGUACUUAUUUGUGAAGAAAUAGGCGUAUUUCAAGAAUUUCAACGCAUGGCUUUAGUUCAAGAAAUUGUCGAGAAAGAAGACAUUGAACGGAAUUGUGUUGUUGGCAUGACGUGGGAGCAGACCAGUACUUCUAUCAACAAUCUAAUAGGUGUUGACAAACAAACUGUAACAUCUAUACCAACCAGCAGUGGAGCACCUGUAACAGCUGAACUAAAAUUUCUAGAAAGCAUCGACAGUUUACAACUUUUGAGUUACUCACAAUGCGAGGACAAAACAUUUGAAAAACUAUCUGAUAGACAAACAUUUAGUAGAAUGAAGGAAUUGAAGUUUUAUCAAGGUAACAGGGUUGAGUGGUGGAAUUUCUUUUUUGACGGACAUGUCAUGGAAAGACAUUGCUUUCGUAGACUGAAAUCUAAAGUUUUUGAUGCCCUCAGUGGAGAAAAAGCAGACAAAAUAUCAAGAAUUGUGCCUAUAUUUCUUCAUCAUGAACCGGGUGCAGGCGGUUCAACUUUAGUAAGGCAUGUCCUUUGGGAGUUUCACAAGGAGUUCAGAUGUGCAAUCAUCACAAAACUGGAGGAAAAGACUGCUUUAGACAUACUUUCAUUGUGGCGUUAUAAAGAAAAGGACAUCAAAUACGCCAGACCUCUGUUGCUACUUAUUGACUCAAUAGUGGAGCAAAAGUUAGAGUUGCAUGACAUCCAUCACCUCGUGACAAAAGAAUCUUGGAAAGUUGAUAGCCACAUGAGAUCCCCUAUAUGUGUUUUCCUCGUUUGCAAAAGAGAUGAAACCCUAAAUAUGCCUCAGCGAACUCUACGACAAGAGGUAUCUGAGAAUGAAUACCUGCUGCAGAAGGUAGAAGACGGUGAAAAAGACUGGUUGACCAUGAAGAUACAGCAACUAGAAGACACAAGCAGGGAUUUGGGUCUCACACAUUUCAAAGGAGAAUAUUUUAUUUCCUUCAUGAUUCUACAUUCAGACUUUAAACAGGAUUUUCUCAGAGAUACAAUUCGCAGUUUGAUGAGCCGAAUGGAGUUUGAGGACAAGUCAUUCAAGCUGCUGGCUUAUGUUGCCCUUAUCAUAUCAUUUGUAAGUCCCCCAAAUGGGGGUGCAGCCAUAGCGAUUCCUGUUGAAUGUUGUAGUGAACAUAUGGGAUUUAACUCCAGGAUGAACAACCAGUCCAGAAAUCUUUCCCUUUGGGAAAACCAUCUUGAAGGCCCUUUAAAAAUAUUAUUGAUAAUUGAAGCAAAAGAAAAUGGCAGCGGAAAACAGAUACGAAUGGCUCAUCAAAAUCUGGCAAAAGCUGUGAUAGAAUGCAUUCAAUCUAAAUAUUUUAAGAAUGAUCUAGCCAGUAUUGCUACUGCUUUCCUUGACUCAGAUCUACUCAAAACUUCUUCCUUUGCCAAAAAAUAUUUACAUCGGCUAUGUGUUGAAAUGCUCAUACGACGAAAAAAGGAAGAAUAUGAAGAUGGUGAAAAUACAAAGUUCAGUCCACUUAUUGAAAGCAUUAUUAGUGAAACUAAACUGUAUUCAAAGGGUGCAAACGUUUUAGUUAAAGGAUUUGAGCUGAUGCAAGAUGGUUUCAUUGCUCAUCAACUGGCACGUUUACAUCUUCAUCACAAAGAAUACAUUUUGGCCAAAGAGUGGGCACAAAAGGCAGUGGCACUGGAUCCAAAGAGAUCCACCUUCUUACACACGUUUGGAUGUGUCUACAAACAUCACUUUCUGAAUCUGAAGUUGUGGGAAUCAACAGAUAAGAGAAAACCAGACGAUCCCAGUACGACAGAUGCAUUAGAUAUGGCACUAGGUGCAUUAGGCCAUUUCCAAAACGCAAGCACGUGUGACAAAUAUGAGAAGAACCUCUUGGCAUAUUUCGAUACUCUUUCAACAGUCAAUUGCAUUGCUAGAUUUCUCUGUGAAAUUGUUAACAUUGGCACACCUGAUGUUGUUCACAGAUAUUUGACUGAAGACAGUUACUCUCCAGAAUCUACUGCAUCCUGGGAAAACUACCAUUCAAGACUUAAGGCUUUGUAUGACACAGCCAUGGGUGCAGUCGGUGUGUUAGAUGAACAUAUUUACUACAGUCAAUGUUCUUAUGUGUCUAAAUAUAGCCAUCAACAAAAUGAAGAACACAGAAAUUCGAGGAUUAUUAAGAAACGUCUUCCUGACUCCUUUCAGGAUUUUGUAAAGUUCUUUUGCCAAAGAGAAAACACAAAUGAUCCACCAUCCUAUAUCAGAUCGGAUGUACUCAUGGACGGAUGGCAUAGAAGGUGUGUUGUGGCUCUGCAUGGAAAGAGGCUGGUAGAUGUCUUCAAAAUUGCCUUCCCUAAAACUGAACAGAUACACGAGAGUGUGCACUACAAGGGGAACGCUAAGAAAAAUAGGAAAGGAGAAAAGCCUGUUCCCUCUGAUAGCCUAUGGAGGAUUCAAACACAUUUAAAGAGCAUAAAAGAUAAAAGUGCGGAAGACUGUUUGACUCUUAUAGCUGUUAACCUUGCUCUGGCUGAACUAAAAGCUGCAAAGCAAACAAGUGUUUCAGAACUGUAUGGGUAUUGUCUUCAGAUAAUACGCACAGAAAGAAGAGGAAUCGCGUUAAGCAUGGCCUAUCUUUAUAUUGUGAUGUUUCUGUGGCCACAGGUGAAACAAGUAGUAGCAUAUGAUCACACACUGAUGAAGGAGGCUAUGAAGUUCCUGUUUGAUGAAUUCAGAGCAACCAAACAGCGAAAACCAAGAGGUGAAAAUGAGUUAUUCAAACGAGAAAACAAUAUUUUUCAGAGCAUUGCUCUAUUCUAUUUAGCUAAAGGUAGAGGUCUGUCAUCAUUUUCCUAUCACCUCUCGCCCCUGUUCCUUAAAAGGAAACAACAAGAAGAAAUGUGGGAAAGCAGCCAAGUUAGAGAAAAGCUACAGUUAGUACGAGGCUACACAAGACUAAAACCAAACAGUGGCACAAUAAGUGUUAUCGUGGACUUGAAAGACUUUGACAUAGAUGAAGAGCUAGAAUUACGAAAUUUCAAAUGCAGGCGACCGGAUAUGACUGAGAGACCGAUUUCAUUCUACCUGGGAUUUUCAUUGUCUGGCCCUGUCGUGUGUUACAUAUGCCCUGAAGAAACGUCUAUGGAUCAAUGGCAACUUGCUUCAGCCUAUGUCGAUUAUUCCGUAUUCCCAGAGGAAAAGCUUCGGCAGUUGCUGAAAGACAUAGAGAAAAUCAAGGCAAAAAGAAUCCGGCGCUCAGAGGAGACAGACCUCUUGAAGGACGAAGCAGCAAUCAAUGAAGCACUAUUUAGAUAUGAAUCGGAAGAAGCCAUCAUUGACUAA